AUGGCGUUUUCCUGCCCGGGCUUGCCGGGGGACCUCUGCUGGUGCUUCGUGGAGCUCGCCAAGCAGUACGCGGAGAGGUCGGCUCCGUACUGUCAAGACGGUGAUCGCUAUCCUGGAGGAGGAGUUCUGGUGGCGCUCCAGCUCCCGUGCCUGUCGCCGUUCAGUCUGGUCAUGCUCACGUUCCUGUCGCCGUUUAGCCAAGCCAGGCCUCAGUCCCUGUCGGCCUCCCCGAAGAGGUCGCUCCUGCUGCAGUCCCUGUCGGCCUCCCCGAAGAGGUCGCUCCUGCUCCAGUCCCUGUCGGCCUCCCCGAACAGGUCGCUCCUGCUCCAGUCCCUGUCGGCCCCCGAAGAGGUCGCUCCUGCUCCAGUCCCUGUCGGCCCCCGAAGAGGUCGCUCCUGCUCCAGUCCCUGUCGGCCCCCGAAGAGGUCGCUCCUGCUCCAGUCCCUGUCGGCCCCCGAAGAGGUCGCUCCUGCUCCAGUCCCUGUCGGCCCCCGAAGAGGUCGCUCCUGCUCCAGUCCCUGUCGGCCCCCGAAGAGGUCGCUCCUGCUCCAGUCCCUGUCGGCCCCCGAAGAGGUCGCUCAUGCUCCUGUCGGCCCCCGAAGAGGUCGCUCAUGCUCCUGUCGGCCCCCGAAGAGGUCGCUCAUGCUCCUGUCGACCACGAAGAGGCCGCUCAUGCUCCUGUCGGCCCUCCAGGGGUCGCUCAUGCUCCUGUCGGCCCUCCAGGGGUCGCUCAUGCUCCUGUCGGCCCUCCAGGGGUCGCUCAUGCCCUAGUUCCUGUCGGCCUCUAGGAGGAGGGCAGGUGCCUCUGGAUGCGCCCGGUAGAAAUCCUGGAUGAGUGAGCGGUCCAGGAUGUCCCAAGACGGGACCCAGGAUCUUUCGUCAGCCCCGUAGCCUUCCUAGUCUACCAGGUACUGGAACCCACGCCCUCGGCACCUGCAGUCGAGGAGUUCCCUUGCGGUGUAGACCGGGUGACCAUCCAUGACUCGGGGCGGCGGAGGAAGCUGAGUUGGUGGGACCAGAGGACAGGAACGGUGGGGCUUGAGCUGACUGACAUGGAAUGUAGGGUGUACUCUCAUGGACCUGGGUAAGGAGAGUCUUACAGAAACUGGAUUAAUGACCUGUGCAAUGGUGUAUGGGCCUAUGAAUCGUGGUGCCAACUUAUGCGACAGCCCCUGGAGCCGCAGGUCCUUGGUUGACAGCCAGACAUGGUCGCCCACCCCAUACGUGGCCUCCGGGGACCGCCUGCGAUUCGCUGCCUUUUUGUACCGAGCCUGGGCCUGGAGCAUCGUCCUUCAUCGCUGGAGCAGGGCAUGGGCCAAUGGAAUGUGGAUUUCUCCCUCCAGCGAUGGGAACAUAAGAGGUUCGAACCCAUACGCGCACUGGAAGUGUGUUUGUCCCGUGGAGGA